AUGAUUCUUAAAGCCUUAGAUAGUUUUGAUGUGUCACAUCAAAUUAUUGCAAAAUGCGCUCACAGUGGUAUUAUUGAUGAAUCUGCAAAAUCUCAAUUCAUUUUUGCAACAACAACAAAUAAGAUAAUGGUUCAUGAAUCUGAUACGUCGCUUAAUAUUAAUGAUAGGAUUCAAGCUUUAGUUAUCGCUCCCCUUGAUACUUCAUACGACGUUAUAAUUGUCGGAACUACAAGUUGCAUUUUAGCGUAUGAUUUCCAACGGAAUUCUAGUUUAUUUCAGCGUGAUAUUGUAGAUGGAAUAAAUUGCAUUAAGGUUGGGUCCUUCAGCUUGUAUGAUUCAAUAAUUAUGUGUGGCGGAAACUGUGCUAUCUGGGGCUUAGAUAAAGGUGGCAAUGAUCUCUUUUGGACCGUCACUGGUGACAAUGUUUUGUCACUAUGCUUUUGUGAUGUUGAUAAUGAUGGAAUAAAUGAGCUUAUUGUUGGAUCUGAAGACUUUGACAUUCGGAUAUUUAAAAGUGAUUUACUAUUAUAUGAAUUAAACGAAACUGAUGCAGUAAUUUAUCUUCAAGACCUAAAACAUGAGCGAUUUGCAUAUGCACUUGCCAAUGGCACGAUUGGAGUAUAUAAAGAGGAAACUCGCCUCUGGCGCAUUAAGAGUAAAAAUCAGUGUAUGGCUUUCACAGUGUUUCCAGAUUCUGAAUCACUGGUUUGUGCAUGGGUUUUUGGAAAGAUUGAUAUUCGCAAUGUUGAAAAUGGUGAUAUCACGGCGAAAGAGUCAUUUAAAGGCAAAGUCGCUAAUAUUUACACAGUCAAUAAUAAACUAGUAGUGGCCAUGCAAGAUGGAAACGUUCGUACUUUUGAAAUGGCUGAUUCUGAAAUUGGUGUCAUAGCUGACCAAACUAUUCUUCAUGAACUGGGGCUGAAGAAAAACAGUUUAUUGAUUGAAUUAAGUAAUUAUGAACAAUGCCAUAAUGAUCAAAAUGAUCUGGAAAGCAAAGAAACAACUGUGGAAAUUGAAAAAAGGAUUCCAGCCAAUACACAUCUUGAAACAUACCUUACAGUUAACUGGGAUCUAGUUCCACCAUCAGUUGAAUUGCAAAUAAGCUUAUCUAAUGAAGCGAUUGUCCGAGCUGUUAUUAUUUUCGCUGAAGGUAUAUUUGGUGGCGAAUCUUUCACUGUCACACAGCUGCACAUUUUUGAAUUAACUCGGACUCUACCCCGAUUCGCAAUGUUUGCUGUAUGUGUGGAAGACGCUCCUGAGCCUGAAGGCAUAGCUGAGUUUAUUAUCAAUGAAAAACCUAUCAGGUUAGCUUCAUGGAUUAACGAAAAUUUUCUUUUGCAUGAUGAAAUUACAAGUGAUCCUGAUUCGGCAUUGGCAGUAAAAUUCUAUAGUUUACGAACAAAAGAAUUGCUUUUUAUUACAAUGGAUUGUUCAGGGAAGGUUGUGAUUCGUAAUAAUGAUAUGGAACUAGUUGGCAAUGUGGUUCAAUCAAUCGCUGAAUAUUUUUCUUUAGAAGCGUUAUCUACUAAGGCCAAUUUCCCAUUUGAAAUGAAAAAUAUACUUGAAAUUUGUGAAAAAUUCCGUGAAGCUCAGUUAAUUCGAGAUCGUUUAAAUGCUGAUGUGGCAGAAAAAACUGGUUUCAUCAAAGAAAUGAUUGUACGUGCAGAAGAUGCUCGGAUUAUUGGUCAAAAAGGAAUGAUGAAACGAUAUUACAUUCGCCUAAAUAUGUUAGAGGAAGAAGUAAUCUCUGGGCAUCGUAUUAGAUGCAAUAAUUAUAAUGAAUUGCUCAAAACUCUUCGUGAUUUGAAUAAAUUUAUUGAAAAAGCUGCUCGAUUACGAGCAGGUGCACCAGCUAGUCGAGUGGUAGCAGCUCUUCGAAAUGCAAUUGCUCACGAAAAUUUUGAUAUGAUGCAUAAGAUAAUUUUUUAUGGAGUAUAA